AUGAACUAUUCGUACAAUUACGAUGCCGCGUUUGACCCCAACAAUACCGAGGAAGCCACAGCACAAGCCGUGUUUGCAGCAGGUCAGCAGCAUCAGCAAUUGCAACACCAGCGUAGAGCACAAGCUGAAGCCGUUCAGCAACAACGUCACCAUCAUCAUCAUCAUCACCAGCAACAGCAGCAGCAGCAGCAGCAGCAGCAGCAGCAGCUUUAUCAGCCUGCUUUGUUUCACCACGAGUACACCAAGCCUAGUAGACUGAUAUUCGUCACUUCCGACGGGGGUCAAAUCCAUUUCUACAUCGAUAUCAGCGAGCCCAACAGACAGAAAUACGUCAAGGCAAUCAUUGAAAAUGGCGGAUGUGUAACGGAAGGCGGAGUGGAAAACGUAGUGUACUUGAGCUCGAGGGAAUUUCCCGGGUACAUCCGUACUCAGUUCAUUGAAGAUUGUGUUGCUCACGGGUACUUGCUUUCUUUCCAUGAUUAUAUCGUGCCCGCGGUGCAGGAGGAUCAAGAGCCGGAUAUUGAUGUGUUGGGGUUGCAGGAGCAUCACAUGCGGCAGUUUCAGCCUCAUUUGCCCCCUCUGCAAGAUCUUCACCCGGUUCAACAACAGCAGCCACAAGCACAAGCACCAGAGCAGCAGCAGCAUAUUUUGCCUCAUCAGAGCACUCCGAGUGCUGCACCGACUAAGAUUGCAUCUGCGAACGGUUCAAAGAGCACCAAGAAAACAGCUGCUUCAUCUUCGGCUACUUCGGCGCUGUCGAACCGAUUCACCGAGGAAAAAGACAAGUAUAUCCUCGAGCAAGUACGCAAGAACCCCAAGUUUAGAAACAGUCAUGAGUUUUUCCGCAGUUUGGCUCUGCAUCAGUUGUUAAAGGUCCAUACUGGUAACUCGAUCCGAGCUCGUUAUCGUCGUCAUUUGGAACCUAAGCUUGAGUUCGUUUACAAGACUACCAUCACUGGCAAAUUGGUCAAGGACCCUAGUAGUGGGCAAUUGAUCAAGGUUGGCUUAGACGAAUUGCCUUCGGGUUUGAAGACGAUGUUCAGUGCUGAAGAUGACUAUUUCCUCUGCAAGACUAUUCAUGAUCAUAAUCUUAAGAUAAGCCAAGAACAUAAUGUCGAGUUUGACCCUAGGAAAUACGUGAAUAUGCCAUAUUCAUUUUUCAACGACAUGUAUCGAGCUAACCAUCGACACACUUUGCACUCCUGGAGAGAUAGAUAUAGGAAGUAUUGCACUGAGGGAACAAUACCGAGAUAUAUGCAACAUUAUGAAAAAUGCAUCAAGGAGAAUAAAGAGCCGCCCACGUUAAGUAGGAUCCCCGAGCAUGUGUUGGAACUUAAUAAUUUGAAAGCGGACGUGAAAGAGUUGAAACAUGAGGAGGAGAAAUCGAAUAAGCGGAAACUGAAGAGGUCGACGCGGGAGAUUGAUGAUGAGGAUAUUGCGUUUGUUAGAGAUGCUGAAGCUGAGGCGCUAGCUGCGAUAUCCGCGUCAAAUGCGCGGGAUGAGGCUAAACAAAAAGAAAAAGAAAAAGAAAAGGAAAAGGAAAAAGAGAACAAAGAGAAAGGAGUGGGCGAGGGAGAGGGAGAGGAAGAGGAAGAGGAAGAAGAAGAAGCAAAGGCAUUAGAUGAAGAGAUUGGGGAGUUGAAAAGCUCAGACAUCGAUCAUGCCAUGGGCCGCAAACUGAAAAAGAGAAAAAAGACUCGUGGUGGCAAACGGUCAGUUGAAGCUGGCGUUGAAUCUGGACAAGCAGUAGAUGCUGAACUUGGUGUUGGUCGAUUGAAAAAAUCUCGAGUUGGUGCUGGCUCCGGUGGAGAUCAAGCCGAGCUUGAUGAGGCCAAGAUCAAGGUUCCGCAAUUGGACAGUCUUGGGGACUUGAGCGGAAACGAUGACUAUGAUGACGCGUUGGAUGACAUUGAGAAUUUGGAACUUCCCGGUGGUGACAACCAUGGUGAUGGCAAUGAGGAGGAGGAGGAAGGGGAGGGGGAGGGGGAUAUUGAGAACUUGAAACUCCCCAGUGAAGAUGCCAACAAUAGUGGUGGUAGUGAUGGCGAGGACGUGCUUGAAGCCGAUGAUGAAUUCUUCUCCAUGCCCAAACCUCGUGAGUCCAACGCAAGCACCAUCGAAGAAUCAGACAAAGACGAGACGGCAGAAGUGCCUCCUCGACCCAGCGUGGAAUUGAAAUACCUCGCUAAGACAACCAGCAUCGACGACGUUGCCAAAUCGGCACCCAAAUUCUACAAACUUGCCCGGAUGGCCAACCCGCAGCCGAAACUAAACAAGGCCAUAAUCGAAGCGGACGCCAGUGUAAUCUAUCGGAACUUAGCCAAGUUGGGUCUCGAUGACUGCUUCACUUCGCAUUUGAUCUACGCGUGCAGCGGCGACACCGCGGUCAUGAUACUGUAUCUCGUUAGCUUCUUGCUGGUGGUGCGCGAGCGGCAUAUCCAGCAGGAUGAAGAGUGGCGUGACGUAAAUGAGUAUUUGCCGAAAGGUGAAGAGGUGAGCGGGGUGUGGACUGCCGAGUUGGAUGCGUUGUUGGAUGGUGAGGCGGGCGAGACAAAGGCCGAGUUGUUGCGGUGCAAGAGCCAGGAUGAGAUUGACAAGAGGAGGAAGUUCAUCUCGAGUGUGGGCUAG